CCAUUCUGCAAGGGGCAUAAGCUUGUUCUCAUCAGCAGAGGCAGCAAACAAGCAAAAGCAAUGGAACCUUACCUCCCAUGGCUCUUCCUCCAAUUCCUGCUACUUCUGGGAAUAUCAUCUGCUGCUCAAGCACAAGUGAACAUCCCCCUGGGCUCCUCCUUGAAGCCCGAGGGGCCAAACAGCCACUGGCUCUCGUCUUACGGCGACUUUGCGUUCGGUUUUCGCCAACUGGAAGGUAACACCUCCUCAUACCUCCUCGCCGUCUGGAUCGACACGAUCCCUGAAAAGACUGUCGUUUGGUAUGCCAAGAGCAUCUCAAAUGGUGAAGGGUCACCUGUGCAAGUGCCAUCCAGCUCUGUGCUGAAACUCACCACUGACGGGUUGCUGUCGCUUCGCAACCCAGCUGGCGAUGAGGUUUGGAGUCCGCGGAUCCCGCAUGUGGCAUACGCCAGAAUGCUCGACACGGGCAACUUCAUGCUUGUUGACGCAGAUGGCACGGCAAAGUGGGAGACCUUUGAUUUCCCGGCUGAUACCCUCCUGCCCACACAAGUGCUUGCUGUGGGUCAGGAAGACAAGGUACUCAGAAGCCGUCUCAUCGCCACAGACUACGAGAAUGGCCGGUUUCUCUUAGCUGUGCAACCUGAUGGUAAUCUUGUGUUCUAUCCAGUUGCCGAGCCUUCUACAAAUCGGUACCUUCCAUACUGGGCAUCUAAUACAGUUGGCAACGGCUUGCAGUUGGUGUUCAAUGAAACCGGCAGAAUAUACUUCACCUUGAAAAAUGGGACACAAAUCAAUAUCACUUGGGCAGGUGGAAGCACAAUGGAUGAUUUCUUCAAUCGUGCCACGCUUGAUCCAGACGGUGUAUUUCGGCAAUAUGUGUACCCAAAGAGCAGAAAGGUCAGAAACCUAUGGAUCUCGCAAUGGACGGUGGUGAGCUCUAUUCCCCAGGACAUCUGCCUGGCAAUAGAGGCAAAUGCAGGCAGUGGUACAUGUGGCUUCAACAGCUACUGCUCCUUUGACGGCAUCAAGAAUCAGAGAAGCUGCCUAUGCCCACAACGUUACAAAUUCUUCGACGACGAGAGGAAGUACAAAGGGUGCAGGCCUGACUUUGUGCCACAAAGCUGUGACCUUAAUGAGGCAGCAGCACUGGCACAGUUUGAGAUGACUCUGGUAAAUAGUGUUGAUUGGCCUCUAUCUGACUAUGAGGAAUACAGCGACAUAGACGAGACAGUGUGCCGGAGGUUGUGUGUGAUUGAUUGCUUCUGUGCCACAGCCGUCUUUCAGGCAAGCACAAAUACCUGCUGGAAGAAAAGGCUCCCUUUAUCGAAUGGCUAUAUGGCGGAAAGCAUAGACAGGGUGGUUCUUAUAAAGGUGCCUAGGGGCAACAACACACAGUCCCAGCUCAGCAGUGCCUCUAGCAAAUGGAAGGAGGACAAGAAGUAUUGGAUUCUUGGGAGUUCUGUAUUGCUAAACGUUCUACUUAUCUCUAUUCUGCUCGUUGGCACUUAUUGCGGUAUCUCCAUCACCUCCAAGAAGAAACUCCAGUCAUCGCAAUCGUCAGGUAGUUCCAUACUGCCCCUGAAGAUUUUCACUUACAAUGAAUUGGACAAGGCAACCAGUGGCUUCCGUGAUGUGCUAGGCAGUGGUGCCUCUGGUACUGUGUACAAAGGACAGCUGCAAGAUGAACAUGCGACCAGCAUUGCGGUCAAGAAAAUAGAAAAACUCCAGCAAGAGACUGAGGAGUUCAUGGUGGAGGUGCAAACCAUCGGGCGGACGUUUCACAGGAACUUGGUCAGGUUGCUUGGUUUGUGCAAUGAGGGGACUCACAAAAUGCUAGUUUAUGAGUUCAUGACCAAUGGCUCGCUGAGCGAGUUCCUCUUUGGUGAUGCUCGCCCAUAUUGGAGCCUCCGUGUGCAAGUCGCACUUGGAGUGGCACGAGGGCUGCUCUACUUGCAUGAGGAGUGCAACACACAGAUUAUCCACUGCGACAUAAAACCACAGAACAUCCUUCUUGAUGACAACUUUAUGGCAAAGAUUGCAGACUUUGGUCUGGCGAAGCUUCUUCGAGCCAAUCAGACGCAAACAAACACCGGCAUCCGGGGUACUCGAGGUUACGUUGCUCCAGAGUGGUUCAAGAACAUAGGGAUCACUUCCAAAGUCGAUGUUUACAGCUUUGGGGUGAUCCUGCUGGAGCUCGUAUGCUGCAGGAGGAAUGUGGAGCUAGAGAUCGCCGAUGAAGAACGCUCAAUACUAACUUACUGGGCAAACGAUUGCUACAGGUGUGGGAGGAUCGGCUUGUUAGUGGAAGGCGACGAUGAGGCAAACUUCAACAUAAAAAAGGCAGAGCGCUUCGUGGCUGUAUCUCUUUGGUGCCUCCAGGAGGAGCCGACUAUGCGGCCAACCAUGCUUAAAGUGAUACAAAUGCUUGAUGGAGCAGUGGAGAUCCCCACGCCUCCGGAUCCCUCUUCCUUCAUCAGUUCACUUCAGUAAUGCCUGCUUGUUACCAAAUAUAGUAAGUUGUACCGUUUUCUAUUGAAGCUUCAAAAUUAAUGGUAUGCAGUAUUUCAGGAACUUAUGUUUAGCUGAACAUAUAGCAUCACUAUUGCAUUAUCUAGUUUUUAAAAAAUAUAUGUAUCUUCUUUUCAUAAUGCAUCUUCAUAUCAAUUUAAAUGCCUAUUUAUA